AUGGAAGGGCCCCUGGAGGAUGGGGAUGAGUCUCCAGAGUCCCAGGGCCAUGCCACCGACUGGAGAUUUGCUGUGUGCAGUUUCAGAGAUGCCUGGGAUGAGGGGGAACCUGCUCCCCAAAUCCAGGCUAAGAACCCCCAUCCUCCAAGCCCACCAGCAGGGGCAGCUGGGGAGGAGCUCCAGGGCAGCCCUCUGCCUGGCGAGCUUCAAUCACCCACAGGACAGAUGGUUGCAGAUGAGUCGGGGCAUGGCCAGAAGGGCACAUUAGGAGGGUCCUCUGUCCACAUGAAUGAACCAGCCUCCUAUGGAGUGGAGAUCCUCCUAAGUCCAAUGUCUUCCCACCUUAGUCUGGCACAGGGUGAGAAUGACAGCCAAGGAGGAGACUUGGCAGGGGACUCAGUUUCAGGCAGGGUCGUGCCAGUCCGCUUAGACCCUGAAGGGUUGGACAGUGACCCUGUGAACCAUGGAGGUCGUUUAUCUGAGACGUCGUCAGGGCUACUGGAGGCAGACCCAAACAGUUUUCCUCCCCAAGACUCCCACAGAUCCAGGCUCUUGAAGUCCACUGACUACCUCCUGGCCCAAGACCUUGCCUGGGAGCUGCUUGCCAGUGGCAUGGCUGCCCUGCCAGGGACUCGAGAUGUAGAAGGCCGGGCAGUGCUGCUUCUGUGUGCCCAUAACUCGGCCUGGAAUCACCCCAAGUGCAACAGCCAUGAGCUCGUCCGCCUCCUGCUCUACUUGCAAAGCAUCCCCAGGCCCAAAGUACAGACCUUGGGACUGACUGUGCUGGUGGAUGCCCGGAUUUGUUCCCCAAGCUCUUCCAUGUUCUGGGGGCUCAGCCAACUGCAAGAAGCAGUCCCGGGAUCAGUGCACCGUGUGCUGCUGGUGGGAAAGCUGCCAGAGGAAGUGCCUGCAGGGCUACAGUUAGAGCAUCUAUCCUCUCACCAAAGCCUGCUGACCCACAUCUCCACUUCAGAGUUGCUCACUUCACUAGGAGGAGGCCUGCCUUACUGUCACCAGGCUUGGCUGGACUUCCGGAUGCGUCUGGAAGCCCUCUUGCAGAGCUGCCAGGGGGUUUGUGCCCUGCUUCAGGGAGCCAUUGAGAGCAUGAAGGCUGUGCCCCAGCCCAUGGAGUCUGGGGAAGUUGGUCGACUGCUGCGGCAGGCACGGGUCUUGAUGGAGCAUGUGCUAGACUCUCCACGGUUGGCAUGGCUACAAUGCCAGGGAGCCUUGGAGCUCACAUGGCUAAAGCAAGAGGUCCCAGAGGUGACCCUGAGCCCAGACUACAGGUCAGCAGUGGACGAGGUUGAGGAGCUGUAUGGCUGUGUGGAUGGAUUGCUGCACCAAUUGACCCUGCAGGGUAACCGCCGAAUACAAGCGCUGGAGUUGGUCCAGACGCUGGAGGCCCAGGAGGGCGAGCUGCACCAGAUGGAAGUGUGGCUUCAGCAGGUGGGCUGGCCAGCACUUGAGGAGUUCAGGGAGCCCUCACUGGACAUGCUGCUUCAGGCCCAAGGCCCUUUUCGGGAACUGGACCAGAUUGCUCAGGAACAGGUCAGGCGAGGGGAGAAAUGUCUGCAGCCACUGGUUGGCUGUGAUGCGGCCGAACUGGGCCCCUUUGGGACCCGCUUUCUGACCCUGCAAACCCAGCUGGCCGACUUCUCUAGGGCUUUGGCCCAGCGGCGGCAGCGACUGGCAGAUGCCGAGAAACUCUUGCAGUUCUUCAAGCAGGCCUUGACCUGGGCCGAGGAGGGGCGGCAAGUGUUGGCAGAGCUGGAACAGGAGUGCCCAGGGGUUGUGCUGCAGCGGCUGCAGCUGCACUGGACCAAGCACCCGGACUUGCCUCCUGCCCACUUCCGAAAGAUGUGGGCUCUAGCCACAGGGCUGGGAUCUGAGGGCAUUCGCCAGGAGUGCCGCUGGGCCUGGGCGCAGUGCCAGGAUACCUGGCUGGCCCUGGAUCAGAAGUUAGAAGCUGCUCUGAAGUCACCCCUGACGGGUAGCACAGCUAGCCUGUGUGUCAGCCGGGUCCCAGCGGUACCUGCUGUCCCUCCCCUGAGAAAGGCCUAUAGCCUUGAUCGGAAUCUGGGAUUGAGUCUCAGAGAACCUGCCCACCAGUGCCACCAUGAGGCUGUUGUACCUGCCUGCCACAGACCAGAGGCUGGAGAUGGUGCCCAGUCAGGGUCAUGCCCCACCAUGCCUCCUCCAGGGAGCUGUGACCCCAGGAGCCCCAACAGACUUCAGCUGGUGCUGGCGGAGAUGGUGGCUACGGAGAGGGAGUAUGUCCGUGCCCUGGACUACACCAUGGAGAACUACUUCCCUGAGCUGGAUCGCCCUGAUGUCCCCCAGGGCCUCCGUGGCCAGCGUGCCCAACUCUUUGGCAACCUGGAGAAGCUGUGGGACUUCCACCGCCAUUUUUUCUUGCGUGAGCUGGAGGCCUGUACCCAGCACCCACCCCGGGUGGCCUAUGCCUUCCUGCGCCAUAGGGUGCAGUUUGGGAUGUACGCACUCUACAGCAAGAAUAAACCACGCUCUGAUGCCCUGAUGACCAGCUAUGGUCACGUCUUCUUCAGGGACAAGCAGCAGGCACUGGGGGACCACUUGGACUUGGCCUCCUACCUGCUGAAGCCCAUCCAGCGCAUGAGCAAGUACGCGCUGCUGCUGCAGGAGCUGGCGCGGGCCUGCGGGGGACCCGCACAGGAGCUGAGUGCCCUGCGGGCUGCCCAGAGCCUCGUGCACUUCCAGCUGCGACACGGCAAUGACUUGCUAGCCAUGGAUGCCAUCCAUGGCUGUGAUGUCAACCUCAAGGAACAGGGCCAGUUGGUCCGGCAGGAUGAGUUCACAGUACGCUGUGGGCGCCACAAAUCCCUGCGUCGCAUUUUCCUCUUUGAGGAGCUGUUGCUUUUCAGCAAGCCUCGCCGAGGACCCACAGGCAUCGACAUGUUUACCUACAAGCGCUCCUUCAAGAUGGCAGACCUUGGCCUCACUGAGUGCUGUGGGGACAACAACCUGCGCUUUGAGAUCUGGUUUCGCCGUCGCAAGGCCAAGGACACCUUUGUGCUACAAGCCGCCAGCUUGGCCACCAAGCAGGCCUGGACAGCUGACAUCUCCCGCCUGCUCUGGAGGCAGGCCGUCCACAACAAGGAGGUGCGCAUGGCUGAGAUGGUGUCUAUGGGUGUGGGGAACAAGGCCUUCCGGGACAUCGCCCCCAGCGAAGAAGCAAUCAACGACCGCACUGUCAACUAUAUCCUGAAGUGCCGAGCGGUUCGCUCUCGGGCCUCCAUUGCUGUGGCUCCCUUCGACUCUGACAGCCCCUACCUGGGGGCCUCAAGCGCCCUUCCUGGAGACCCUGCCUCUUGCUCCGUACUGGGGUCCCUCAACCUGCAUCUGCACAGAGACCCAGCUCUUCUGGGCUUCCGCUGGCCCCUGUAUUCUACCAGUUUCCCAGAGGAAGCGGCACUGGAGACGGAUGCCGAGCUGGGCAGUCAGCCAUCUUUGACUCCUGAGGACUCAGAGGUUUCCUCCCAGUGCCCAUCUGCCAGUGGCUCCAGUGGCUCAGACAGCAGCUGUGUGUCAGGGCAGAUCCUGGGCAAGGGCCUGGAGGACUUGUCCUACGUGGAAAUGAGGGUGGUGGAACAGAGACAUUCCUUAGAGACCCCCACCUGGAUCCUGAGCCAGGGAAAUAUGUGUUCAUACCUGGCUUUGUACCACAGGUCUGAGCCUGGGCUUGAAGGUGGGCAGUGGAUCCAGGAGUCAUUAGAUCCAAGGAGCAUCACCUCCCUGGAGAUCUGCUAUGACCAGGCCAUGGGCGGCAACUGGGUCACCUCCAGGCCAUAUGCACAGUCCUGUUGA